UUUUCAUAGAAUGACCCGUAUAUUUAUUAAUAUUAAAGGUCUAUGGUUUCAACUCAAGAUUUCAACGAGUGCAACGGCAAAACAAGAAGAUUGGGAGGAAGAAUAUUGAGAUGUGUUGUUGACCGCGUGCAGGACUCAUUCUACAGCAGCUAUCGUCUCUGACGAAAAAGCUUAAUCUACAUGGGUGAAUAUCCAGAAAACCUUGUGCAGCAAUAUGUGGCAGGGCAUAGAUGAAGACGCCAUCAAUGAGGCCAUUGAAGACACCACUGUUGGGAUUUAUGUUCUUAAAGAACAUGCUUCAAGUGAUGAACCGGAGGACAUCGGAAUGGUCAUUGAAGGCAUCACGGUGUUGAUAAUGCAGCACAGAGAAGGAUGGAUUCAAACGCACGGCUCAUAGGGAAGGUAUUUAUUGAGGAAAAGGGAGUGGGAGUAGGGAGAUUUACGCCGGGAGUGGGAGUAGGGAGAUGGACGCCGGGAGCAAGCGGGCGGCAACCCGGGGGAAUCUGGAACGGGACGUGGGGAGCGGCUCCGGGAGGGACCGGGAGCAAGGGCCGAGGAGGAGGCGAGGGCACAAGGAGCUGAGGCACGAGGAAUGGAGCAGGAUGGUGAUGAGGGGGAGACACGGGCACGGAGAGCGGAGGCGGUGGCGACGCUGAAGCACGACGAAUGGAGCAGGAUAAGGCAGUCGGAUUCACUGUGUUCCCUUGGAAGGAUAGGCAUCACUGAGUGUUUGUUUUUCUCUCUAUUGACAGCACUCCAAAUAUCCAACCAACAGAGCUAAGUGUUGAAAUUGACCAGAAUUUUCCUUUACGCACGCACGCACACACGCACACACACUCACUCUCUCUCUCUCUCUCUCUCUGUCUCUCUCUCUCUCAGGUACCUCCCAUCACACUGUUAAACACACAGCACAAAGAGAGAAGACAGAAGAGGGACACAAUGUGAACAGGUAGUAAGUCAGUAUCAUGUCCAUCAGUGGGAAUCUGAGGAAGAUCUGCAACCUUCCGGGGCGAUCUAAUAGAAAGGUGGAACUCUGCUUCAGAGGUUUCACCCAUAAAACCAGAGUCCUGCAGUGUGAGAACUUGGCCAUCUUCAAUGAGGAGUUGCCAGAGCAGGCCUACCUCCACCCUCCUCUGACGUUGUUUGUGGUGGAGCAUCGGGUAUUUGGUCGGCUUGCUCUAGUCGGGACCCACGUGGUCCAGAGCCUCAUGAACUACACCCCACGCAAGUUAGGGGGGGAGGAAGAGGAGGAAGACGAUGAGCCAAAACCAAAAUUGAGGCAGAAUAUGAAAAAGAUCAACCCUCUGGUGUCACUGGAACGUAUCGGACUCAGCGGCCUGUCAAUUAAACAGUCCAAGAUUCCCUUUAACCCCAUCAACCUGGUUAAUGAUCCUCUGAAGAAACUGAGAAAUAAGGGUGAGGGGCUAGAGGAGCAGCCACCAGAGUUGGAGGAGUUGGAUUGGUGGUCUAAAUACUACGCUUCACUAGAGGAAAUGGAGAGACGGGCUGCUGAGGAGGAGGAAGCAAUGAAGGAGAAACAAGCAGAGAUGGAUGGAUGGUGUCUGAGCAUGGCAAACAUCGAAGAGGAAGAGGACGAGGAGGAAAUUGUGGUGGUUGAGAUUAAGCCUCCCAGACGCAAGAACAUUGCCACACUAAAGUCAUUAAACAGCAAAACAGGAGACAGGAACAGCAAGAGACUUGGUUUAGGACCAAAUUACCUACAUUACCGCGAAUAAUCCUCACCAUGUCCUGCACGCUGUAUGCUCUACCUAGGCGCCACCCAUUGCCUAAACCUAAAACCUUUUCCUAUGUAUGAAAUUGUAGUAAAUCUGCUGAUGGUCUGGAUUGCGUGAUACUGGAAUGUUAGACCAUACAUCAUGCCAGUUGAGAGCGAGGCCUGGGCAAUCGCGUGCCCAGAUCUCUCAAUAGGAAGGGCAG